AAACUGCAGGCAGCUCUGCGGAAACUGAUGGAAAAUGAGAAAAUAUGUGAUGAAUGGCAGGAUGACCUUCAGCAACAGAGAGCUGACUGGGAGAACCAAAUACAGAGCAAUGUAGAAAAUGUUCAGAGACAGUUUAAUAAACUAAGAGACCUCCUGGACUCCAAGGAGAAUGAGGAGCUGCAGACGCUGAAGAACGAGAAGGAGCAGGUUAUUGAAGAGCUGGAAGAGUCUGAAAAUGAGCUAAGGAAACAGACGGAGUUGGUGGGAGACCUCAUCUCUGAUGUGGAACAUCAGUUGGAGCUCUCAACCUUGGAAAUGCUGCAGGGUGCAAAUUGUGUCCUGAGAAGGAUUCAGGCCUUAAGCCUGCAACAGCCCCAAACUGUCCCCCGAAAAAGAAAAAGAACGUUCCAAAUUCCAGAUCUGAAAGGCAUGCUGCAAGUGUAUCAAGGACUCAUGGAUGUCCAGCAAUACUGGGUUCAUAUGACUCUACAUCCUAAGAUCAAUGCAGUUAUUGCCAUUAACAAAGAAAAAGGACAAAUACAACGUAGAGGCUACAAUAUGAGUAAGCUUCAAGUUUCUGAGACCUACAAUUUGGGUGUCCUGGGAUAUCCAGCUCUUUCCUCAGGGAAGCAUUACUGGGAAGUAGACGUGUCUAGAAGUGAUGCCUGGCUCCUCGGAUUAAAUGAUGGAAAGUGUGCUCAACCCCAACUUCAUUCAAAGGAUGAAAUGGGCUUCAUACAAAAACAUCAUUCUCACAUUAAACAAAAUGAGAUGUUUCAGCCUAAACGUGGCUACUGGGUUAUAGGGAUGAAGAAUUCAUCUGUAUACAAUGCCUUUGAUGAGUGUUCUAUCACCCACAAUUCCAGUGUCUUGGCUCUCUCUCUGCCUGGUCAUCCCAGACGCGUUGGAGUUUUCCUGGAUCAGGAAGCUGGCACUCUCUCAUUUUAUGAUGUUUCUAACUGUGGAGCUCUCAUCUAUAGAUUCUAUGACCCUGGCUUCCCUUUGAAAGUCUAUCCAUAUUUUAAUCCUAUGGAAUGUUCAGAGCCAAUGACAGUAUGUGGGCCACCAUCCUAAACUCUCACCUAUACCUAUGCAGUGCCCCCAUGUCUCCCCUGCAUCAUUCUAACUUUUUUGUCUUGGGCCCUUUAUUUUAAUGACCUUCACUUGUAACUACAAACCACUGUGGAUUCAUUUCUUUGAUCCAGUUGCUUGUCUGCUCACAAGAUGAUUACUGUCAUUUGUUAUUUCCCAUAUUCCCAAAGAAAAUAGCUGUUCCCUCAGUAUGUGAAAUUGAGACCCUGCUAACGCCAUCUCUGUAGGAAUGACUCACAGUGAACAAUGUCUUAGUUACCUGUGAGAGAGGCCCCAGAAAAAAAAAAAAAAGGCAGAGAGUCUUUUACCUCAGGGAUACUGUGUUCUCCGGAUUGCUUUGGAUGUGAUUUUGUGCCUCCUACAAAAAGAACAUAUGCAUUCAAUUUGUAAGAUAUGUUUACUCUUGUUCGAUAUCAAAACAUGGCUGUAGAAUCCAUUCUUGUGCAAGGCUAUACUGAGUGCCAACCUCAGUGUACACUGGUUCUGAAUAUGGACUUGUGCCUUGAUUUCAUGAUUUCCAAGAUAUUCUAUAGUAUAGUGCCAGACAAUUGGGCUCAUAUAGUAUGUCCUGAUAAAGUUGUAGGACAGGUUUCCUCUGUGAAUAUUUAUGAAUACUAUCUUCUUACUGGUAUCUAUUUACAUGUUUUACUGAUUAUGUUUUUCUAAACUCAAAAAUCCUUCGUGAGUACUUUUGUACAUUCAUAUAUAAAAGCACAGUGAAACUGAAGUAAUGUAGUCAAUAGGAUUAGGCUGUAGUCCCCUCAUUCUUUAACAUCUGCCUACCCCGGGUCUUACAGACACAACUACCUAGGUCCACAACGGUAGACAACCUUCCUUCUUGUGGUGACAGAGAUAGAAGCCAGGGCUUCCUGAGUGCUUAUGAGUUGCUCUACCACUGAGUUACUUGCCUCAGCCCUGUCAGGUCUCCACAGCCACAUUCUUUCUGUCACUGACAAAAGAUGAGAGAAAGUUCUUCUCCAGCAUGUCUUGCAGUUUAGAAAAUUUUAUGUAGGAAUCUUAUUUAAGGAAUGGGCCAUAGCAGAAGUUCAGUUUAACCACAAUGCUUGUGUUUCAUCAAAGAGUUAAGAAGGAAACAUCUUAAAUGACAUCCAUUGUCUUAGUCGGGGUUUCUAUUCCUGCACAAACAUCAUGACCAAGAAGCAAG